GAUCCAAGGCUAGCGGGUCAUCCUGCUUCACGGAAACCGAAGUACUCAAUGCGUCUUGAGGUCCUUCUUCAGUUUGUCCGCUUUAACCCCCAUUGGCAUCUACGACGUGUCCGCGAGACGACCGUCAACUACGACCGUGCGCAUGGCUUCACGCUCCCACUUAGUGGGAUCGUCGGGAUCGUCGGGAUCCCCGCCAUGUUCCCGAAGCCAAGCGGAGUGCUUUUUUCGAAUCCAUCCUCGAGUUCGAACUAAGUGGUCAGGCAACCUUUGGAACACGGCUGGCUCACAACACGCCAAGAUUCAAUCUCAUCAGUCAACCGUCACCAGGUAUACCCCGAGCAAUUGAUGGGUCGAAUGGCUAAGAAGGCGUUCCAGUUUCUGGGCUGCAAGGACUCUGAAUUCUUCGAAGGUAUGGGAUAUUAUUUCGUGAACUUCUUGGGUCAGUUCGGCUACGGAGAUGUCUUAGCUCUCCUGGGACGCCAACUCCGAGAUUUCCUCAACGGCUUGGAUAACCUUCACGAGUACUUGAAAUUCUCGUAUCCAAGAUUACGGGCUCCUUCCUAUUUCUGUGACAAUGAGACGGACACAGGACUUGAGCUUCAUUAUCGGAGCAAACGGAGAGGCUUUGUGCACUACACCAUUGGUCAAUUGAGAUCUGUAGCGGAGACUUUCUACAAGCUCGAUCUUCAGAUCGAGGUUUUGGACCAAGAGGUCAAAUUUGACACCAUACAUGUGUCUUUCAAGUUGACGUUCGACAAUAAACCGAGCAACAAUCGGAACUCUGCCCUGAUCCGAGAAGAGGCCCGACUCCCGGCGGUUUCGUCGUCGAUUCUGUUCGAAAUUUUCCCCUUUAUUGUGGUUUACGGCGAGGAUAUGGUCAUCCAAACCAUCGGCAGGUCACUGUCACAGAUUUUGCCUAAGCUUCCGGGCAUGAAAAUGAAUGAGUUCUUUGACCUCGUCCGACCCUUGAUUGAGUUUAAGUUCGAAUUGGUCUUGGCCCGCUCCAAUAACAUCUUCGAAGUCAUGACCGUUGAGCCGAUUGAUGCGCUUUUAAAGGUAGGAACACAUACAUUACGUAGGUUUUGCAUGCCCUCAAGUUCACGCUCCGAACGGUCCAUGCAUGUGCUUGCUCAGAGUGAGGGUGUGAGCAAUGAAUCCGAAGAGAACGAGGAGACAGCGGCUGGUGGACUACUCGGGGACGAGCAUGACAACAGCCUUCACUUGAAAGGUCAGAUGAUGUUCAUGGCAGAGUGGAACGUCAUCAUGUUCUUGUGCUCGCCCAGUCUCCCGGACCUAGAUACGUUGGCGUUUUCCGGCCUCUACAUCAACGACCUCUCCAUGCACGAUUUUUCGAGGGAUCUUCUGUUGGCCAGUUCCCAGCAAUCGAAUGAGUUGAAAGACGCUUUGGAGGCGGAAAUGGAAAAAACCAAGGAGAUGGAGUCGUCUAUGAAGAGACUGGACGAGGAAAUGAGGCGAAGUGACGAUCUGCUCUCUCAAAUGAUCCCAAAGUCCGUGGCCGAGAAGGUCAAAACGGGCUUAAACCCGGUCGAGACUUGUGAGGUGUUCGAUCAGGUCACCAUCAUCUUUAAUGAUGUGCCCGCAUUCUUGGAUAUUUGCGCCAAGUGUGAUGGCAUGAAGAUCGUUGAGAUGCUCAAUACCAUGUUCGGCAUCUUCGACUUGCUCACGGAUAAAAACGCUGUCUAUAAGGUGGAGACAGUCAAAGAUUCUUUUGUGGGCGUCAGCGGAGCCCCAGAACGGGUCAAAAACCAUGCCGAGAAGAUCAUGGACAUGGCCCUAGAUAUGCGGGAUUGUGUGACCUUUGUCAAGGAUCCACGGCCAGAGUUCGAAGAUCAACCAGAUGCCCAUGUGCGAAUUCGUUUGGGAUCUCACAGCGGAAUGGUGGUGGCUGGCAUUGUGGGCAACAAAAUGCCCAGAUAUUGCCUGUUUGGGGAUGCCAUGAAUACCUCCUCGCGGAUGAUGUCGUUUGGCGAUGAGCAAAUGAUUCAUAUUUCGAAAGCUACGAAGGAACUACUACCAUCGAGUUAUGUGGUUAAGGAAAGGGGAACCGUUAACGUCAAGGGUAAAGGCGAGAUGACGACCUUCUGGGUGAAGUCCAAGGCCAAUCGUAUAUCUCCGUCCAAGGAUGAGAUUAUGGCUGCGGUGACCAAGACGGCGGAAGAAGCACGACCCUUGACCGGCAAGGCUCGUUGAGUCUUACAUGACCAUAUUGUACAAACAUCGUAGCCAAGUAUAGAAUCUUAAUCACUUAUGUAAACCAUAAUGACCCAUAAAACACACAUGAGCAAUAUAACUGGAUAUUUUUCCUGGGGUACCUGACUAUAUAUCGGCCUGUUUGUCAACCAACGAGGACUAUCGGUCGGCCGGCAGAACAAAAUAAGGAUUCCCGAAUAAACGUUAUUCUCCACCGA